UCGUUUGCACACCGACGAGCAAWAUACGGUAUGGAAAGUAGAUCUACGUUGAAAACUGGUCAGCUAUUUAAAGCGUUGCUCUUGAACAUCAUUUUAUCGAUUUUGCUAGCACUACCAUUCAAGUUAGGCAUUGACGACUGAGUUCGACCUUCAUCAUCAAAAGAGUAGCAGUGUGGAAGAAUUCUGCAGAAAAGAAAGACAAUGAAGCUUUUAAUCCUUGCACUCUGCUUCUGUUUAGCAGUAGCUGAGAAUUCCAAUAGCAUUGAAGAUCUAGAAAAAAUUCUUUCAUCCGACUCUCAACUCCCAGACAUCGGCAAUCUUGAAAACGUGGACAAGCUCGAAGCUCUGAUGCAGAAUAAAUUGAAACUUAAAGGAAAGUUUGAAGGUUAUAAAUACUGUAUGGACGGAAAGACAUUAGCUGAAGGUCCAGGAAUGGAAGGAUGYCCAAAACGUCUGUGCUACGAUAAGAAAACUCUUCAAUGCAGAAAAGAAUUAGGAAAGUUGAGCGCGAAAGAAAGGUUUCAUCUCUGUCACACAGAGUAUAUUACUUAUAGGGAACGUUGUCCUUACACUUGUGGCUUAUGCAAACCACGUAAUCCAGUUCAGGAGUGCAGGAAAAUACACGGAGCUACUGCUCGUUGUUGUUCGAAUGGAAAGCCAGCUUUAAAACCAGACAAAAGUGACUGUGAGGUUUGUAGUAACAACAACCCCAGUCUAUGUGAAAGGUUUUACAAAUUUCUUGGAGGAAAAUGUGAGACCAGCGCGUACCUUGUUCGACGCUACUUGUACACCAAUUGCCCUAAACGAUGUGGUAGAUGCCAAUGAAAUGUUGAUUGACCAUCCUUUGAUUGCACCAAACGUUAUAUAAAACAGAAUCUUUUAAAAACAAUAAUAAUUAUGGCUAAAGAAGUGUCGCCUAUUGGAAAGCUCGUUGCUGUUUGAUGCAAAUUUACAAUCUUUGCCAAAAAAAWUUCUUUCAUUGGAGCAAAAGAAAAUGAAAAAUGAUGCUAUCUAGUGAUACAGUGAAUGUAAUAGSUAAAUUGUGCAGCCUAUUUGUUAGAAAUGUUAAAGAAAUACAGAUAAAUAAAUUAUGUUGAAGCGA